UGUAACAAAAACAGCUUCAGGCAAAAGGACAUUGAUCUGAAGUCCAGGAAUGCAGCAGAUAAGGGCCCACGCUCUGCUUCUGGCCCCUGUGGGUGGACAGACAUGUCUCAGGAAGGGGCUGCAGAGGGCUCCGGCACAGAGGACCCUGAUCUCAGACCCCGACGAAGCUGUGGGCUUUCCCGGGAGGACAUGGAAGAAGCGAGCUCCGUGUCAGGCCUGGCCCCAGACCUGCCUGGGGAAAGCUCUGGGGCCUCAGCUGGGGCUGGCAGCAGAGAGGGGGUGCCCAGGGAAGAGAUCCAUCAGGGUGCCAGCUCCCAGGCUGGCGGUGCCCACUUGCUGGUCCUUGGUCUGCAGGCUGUUGGACGGAGGCAGGAUCUGGUGCCUGGCCCUAAGCUCCACAUCCAGCUGCCCCCUGUGCCUGCUCAGGGGAGGGCUCUGGCCACCAAGAAACUCCAGAUUUCUCUACACAAAGUCUUGGAUGAAAACUGGGCCAGCAAUCUUUGUGGCAUGUCCGUGGGGCUCCCAGAGAGAGCUUUGGCUGGCAGGGAGAGGCCUGCAGGUGUGGAGACGAGCUGCCCCAGGCCCAGAGAGGUCAGACAAGGAGGGAGGGGCUCUCCAGGGUGUGAUGGAAGAAGCCCCACCCUCAGUAAAGAGGAACCCCCCAAAGGGGAACUGCCAUCCUCACUAGGCGCAGCCCCUGUGUGGGCAAGAAAGAAAAGCAGAAAGCGUAAGGCCUGCUCAGAAGGUGGGGAGGGGCUUGGUGGCUUCUUGUGGCCUGGUCAGAGGCCUGGUGGGGACGACCCCCAAUGUGUGGGAGAUCCCCCACAAGGUGCUGACUUGGUGUCGUUGGGAGGCCUUUGCUGGCCUCUUUCUCCCAAGGACACGGGGCCUGGGCCAGGAGAUUCAGGCGGAUGUUGUGUGGGAUCUGCCUCAGGGACUGAGAAGUUCAGGUGUUUGCCUGCUGCAGGGGGCGGGGCCCGACCAGGCAGCCCCUACGACCCUGUCCUGCUCCCACUGCCCAGUGGAGGGGAGAGCCUCAGGCCAGCUGCCCAGGACCCUGCGCAGAGCCCUGCACUGUGCCUGGGAGAGUCUGGAAAGGCUUCCACAGAGUGGCAAGAAGCUGAGCGGGUCGUUGUGGGGGCUGGCGGUGAUGGUGGCCCUGCCACCUCACCCAGCCGGGAGGAGCCGGAGGUCAAGGUUCAGCCAGUAUCCAGGGGGAGGCUGGGGCAAGGGCUCGCUGCUCCCACGGACACCUCUGCCGGCUCCCCAGAGUCUGCAGCCAGCGAGGCUCGCUCAGACUCAUUCAAAGGGCAGAGAAUAUCCAAGUGUGCUAUGCUGGGCACGGGCCCAGUGCCCCCUGCUGAGGACCAGGGCACAGACAGAAGCCCAGACAACUCCAGCCAGGACCAGCCGGCAGCAUCCUGCCCAGGAGGCUUCCCCAGACUGGAGGAAAUGAAAAUGCCCCAUGGGGUGAAGCAUGUGUGUUACUUUGAUUCUGGAGCAGUGAUCUACCUCCUGGGGGCCAUCAGCCUUGGCCAGGCAAGGGGGCUGCAGCCUCCAAAGCUGGGGCCUCUGGACAGCAUGAUGGAGGUCAGCUCUGCCUCACCUGCCCAAAGGCCCAGAAGGAAGGAGAGGCCCAGGGCCCAGGGCCCCACGGGGUGCCAGGAGGGGCUUCCUCUUCAGGAGGCCUGUGCUGAGGAUCCAGGGUGCAGCCCAGUGGAGGCUGAAGAGGAGGAGCAGGGUGAACAGGACUGGGGAGAAGACUCAGUUCAGCUCCCACUCCAAAAGGAGAAGCUUCUCCUGGAUAUUGGGACAAGGGACACUGUGGUCCGUGUCAUGCAGAACGUGCUGUGGAGUCGCCUCCGGCAGCUCCCACACCUGGCGCUGAGUGAGGAGGUGGUGGAGGGCAUCGCUGCUGGCAUCGAGGCAGCCCUCUUUGAACUGACACGAGCCACCAACUGCCACUACAAGAACAAGUACCGCAGCCUGCUGUUCAACCUGCGUGACCCCAGGAACCACGACCUGUUUCUCAAAGUGGUCCAUGGAGAGGUCACCCCCCACGGCCUGGUGCGGAUGAACUCAUUUCAGCUGGCCCCCCAAGAGCUGGCUCGCUGGCGGGACCAGGAGGAGAAAAGGGGCCUGGAGAUCAUUGAGCAGCAACAGAAGGAGUCCUGCAGCCUCCCGACCUCCAAGCUGACCCACAAGGGUGAAGUCGAGAUUCUGCGGGACACGGACCAAAUGCUGACCCUGGAAGAUCUGGUGGAACCCGUGGUGCCCAUCCACUGCAGCCCACUGGCCCUGCCUGCCACGUCAAAGGACCCCACAGAGCAGCAUGAGCGCUGCUACUUAGACCUCGGCGGCCACCUCUGCAAGGACUGGAAGUCCUUAUGUGAGCUACCAGGCUUCUCCAAGGCCAACAGAAGGGUGGAGGACAGUGUCUUUCAGACAGCCCCAAGCCCAGCCUCUGUGUCCUCUUCAGAGAUGCCCCAGCUCGGGGAGAAACCUCCCAUGGAGCCCCAGGACAGGGUCCCUCCCUCCAGGCUCCAGAUGUCUGCUGGACCUACGAAGGCCCUGUCCAGCCUGCCGCCUUGGGAGGGGGCUCUGCACAUGUUCUCCAUUAAGCAGUUCCGGGUCAAGGCCCAGCUGGUCUCAGGACUCAGCUCUUGGCUCAUCACGGCCCUGCCCCAGGUGAUCUGCUCAGCAGGCUGCAUCCCUCCGAACACCAUCUGGGACCUUCUGGCCAGCACCUGCCCAGCCAAGGCCAAGGACUUCUGCGCGGUCAGGCUGUGCCCGCAGGGGGCUCGGGACACCCAGAACUGCCGCCUGCUCUAUUCCUACCUCAACAAUAAGCAGUGCCACGGCCUGGCAGCCGUGGAACACGUGAUGGUGGUCCUGCUGCCCCUGCCCGCCUUCCAGCCCCUGCCCACCAGACUGCGCUCUCUUGGAGGCCCAGGCCUGGAAACCACUCACUCGAGCCUGCUGCUGGCUGUGCUGUUCCCCAAGGCAGGGCUUCCAGACACAGCAGAGUUCAGCCCCUUGCUGGGGAAGGUUCGCAAGACGGUCUCCUUCAACAAAAAAGUGGAGAUGAGAUGCCACCAGCGGAAGGCCAAGAGGCCAGAUGUGGCUCAGAAGGGGUCCCCUCCCCCAGGGGGUGCCCUUCAGCAAAGCUGCGGCAGAGGCAGCCUGGCUCCAAGGGGAAUCUGUGCUUGGCAGAGGCCCCCUGGAGGCAGGGGGAGACUGUGGGAAGAGCCUGACACCUGGCAGAGUCCUGGGCGAGGGCAGGGGCCCAUGAGACCAGGCUGGUGCCAGUCCUGGCACCCCUAUUCAGCAGCACCAGCUGGUCACGGCCAGCACCUCCACAGGGCUUCCUGUCCCCAACAAGCCCUGCUCCAGCAUCUUGAAUGCCUGGUGACUAUGAGCCACCAGCUCCAAGCCUCCCUGAGAUCCUCGGGCCAGGAGCUUCUUCCUCAGCCCCACGCAGCCUGUGGGAUUCUUGGCCUCUUUGGCCAGCCCCCUGGCCCAGCCUCUGACUCCUCUUUGGGACCUACAGAUGGAGCUGGCUCUGAAUGUCCCCUCCCUGAAGAAAUGUGA